CAGAAUGUUUUGAUUGAUGUUAAUGGGAGGGCAAGACUAGCUGACUUCGGCAUAAGCAGACGGUUACCUAAAGGACAAACAACUUUGCGUACAGGCAGCGCAGGAACAAAAUGCUGGAUGGCCAAGGAGACUUUGGCAGAAGAAGGUGACAUACCAUACAAGUCUAACACAGACAUACAGGUGGCAGGGAUGCUAAUUUAUUAUAUCCUCUCUGGAGGACAUCAUCCAUUCGGCCUAUCCUAUGAGUGUGAGUUUAACAUUUACUGUGGGAAGUACAAUCUGGACCAUGUUCAAGAUGUGGUGGCGAAGGAUCUCAUCGAAUGGAUGAUCAAUGAAGAACCAAAGAACAGACCUAAAGUGGAGGAAUGCCUGAGUCAUCCUUUCUUCUGGACCAAUGAAAGGAGAGUAGAAUACCUAAGAAGGAUUGGUAACAGAGAGGAGACGGCAAACUGUCGAAAGGCUGACCAGGAAAUGAUUUGUCGCCUGGAAAAGUGUGCUGGGGAUGGAUCCUUCAAACUGUGGAAAAAUAAGUUUCCACCAGAGUUGGUCCAGAAGAUGGAUGCCAAGAACAAAACCUACCCUGAAAACACGUUGGGAUUACUGCGCUUCAUACGAAAUCUACAUGAGCAUUAUGUCAAAGAUGCAGCCACACUUGACCUGAUGGAGAUGUUUCCUGAUCUCUUUGGAUGUGUUUACACGUUUGCAAAGAGCCAAGGUUGGAAUUCAGAGACCCCUCUGAAGGAGAUGUUUCGAAGAGAAGACAUCUCUACCAGAUUUGAAAGACUGUCUGUAAACCUUGAGGAGCAUGUUGGUUUCCCAGUUCAGGAGUCUCAGGCCAGUGACUUGAAGUAAAGUUGACUUCAAAAGAGAUUUCUGACUUAAAGAAAACCAUUCAAGAAUCU